UCGUUCACAAAAAUAGAAUAAUUACUGGCAUGUUAAAAUUUUCUGUUUUAAAGCUAAGUUUUUUUAAAAUAAUCAUUUAGAAUCGUUUAAAUUUAUCUAAAGAAGCAAAAACAUAAAACCAAAGGCAGAAACAAGAGCAACCUAAAGAUCAAAAGUUGGUAAUUUUUAAAAAUAUCAAAAUUUUAGUAAUUUUGUUAAUAAAAUUAUAACUAAGAAAAUGGAAUCCCUGCUCAGGAGGUGCCUUUCAAUCAGCAAACCUAAACAUACUUUGCCUAUCAUCAAGAGGCAUUUAGGAUCCCACAAUAUCAAUCAUAUCAUGAACAAAAAGGUUUUGGAUCGGUAUUUAAGACUUCCAUUGCCUUGUAAUAAGGUAUUGGCUACCUACAUUUGGAUUGAUGGUUCUGGCGUGAAUAUGAGGUGCAAAGAUCGGAUCUUGGAUUGUGUUCCACACACCCCAGAUGCAGCACCAAAUUGGGCAUUCGAUGGCAGUUCUACGGGGCAGGCCACUACGGAUAAUUCUGAUACGACAUUGAAACCAGCGGCAGUAUACAAGGAUCCCUUCCGAGCCGACCCCCACGUUAUAAUUUUAUGUGAAGUACUUCUUGGUGAUGCCGGAAAACCGGCAGCGACAAAUAACAGGAGUUUCUGUAAUGAAUUAUGUGAAAUACAUAAAGCUGAAGAACCGUGGUUCGGAUUGGAGCAGGAGUACACUAUGUUAGAUGUUGAUGGCUGGGGCCUGGGCUGGCCCAAAGGAGGCGGGUUUCCUGCGGUAAAAUAUCAGUACUCAUAUUGUGGUGUUGGAGCUAAAUAUAUAGCAGGGCGAGAUUUGUCUGAAGCCCAUAGUAAAGCGUCCCUAUUCGCCGGCUGUGAUUACGAAGGAUCAAACGGUGAAGUUAUGUAUGCUUGUUGGGAGUGGCAGGUAGGGACAACAAUGGGUAUCAAAGCUGCAGAUGAUAUGUGGAUGACACGGUUUAUAAUGUCUCGCAUCGGAGAGGAUUAUGGAAUAGAUGUCACAUAUCAUCCGAAGCCUUUCGGCCACCUGCAUCCAGGUAUUGGUAUGCAUCAUAACUUCAGCACAAAGCGAAUGAGGACUGCACCCGGUGGAUACGCUUUUAUUGAAGAAUGCAUCAAGAAAUUGGAAAAGAACCAUAUGAAACAUAUGAGAAAAUACGGAAAUGAUGAGGCGACCAACAGAAUGCGAUUGUCCGGAAAAUUUGAAACGGCGCCGUUUGAUAAAUUUUCUUGGGGUAUCGCUAACAGGAAAGCAUCUAUCCGUCUACAGAGACACAUUAAAAAGAAGGAUAAAGGUUUCAUGGAGGAUAGGAGACCCGGUGGUGAUUGUGACCCAUAUCUUGUGUGUGGGCUGCUAAUGGAAACUUGUUUGGGAAGAUCAGCAGGUUCAGGAGGUGGUUGUAAGAAUCCGUGUAAAUGAACCUUCACACGUAGGUAGUAUAAUUUAGAUUAUUUUUAUUCAUUUGCCUUUGGAUACUAUGUUAUUGUAUAGAAAUUUCAAGUAAAUAUUGAGAGAUCAAUAAA